AUGUCAUUAGGGCUGAAUAUAUCUGGACAGAUGUCAUUAGGGCUGAAUAUAUCUGGACAGAUGUCAUUAGGGCUGAAUAUAUCAGGACAGAUGUCAUUAGGGCUGAAUAUAUCUGGACAGAUGUCAUUAGGGCUGAAUAUAUCUGGACAGAUGUCAUUAGGGCUGAAUAUAUCAGGACAGAUGUCAUUAGGGCUGAAUAUAUCUGGACAGAUGUCAUUAGGGCUGAAUAUAUCUGGACAGAUGUCAUUAGGGCUGAAUAUAUCUGGACAGAUGUCAUUAGGGCUGAAUAUAUCUGGACAGAUGUCAUUAGGGCUGAAUAUAUCUGGACAGAUGUCAUUAGGGCUGAAUAUAUCUGGACAGAUGUCAUUAGGGCUGAAUAUAUCUGGACAGAUGUCAUUAGAACAGUAG